UGGCACAGCGUGCAUGUGUAAAUAUGUGAACGUUAAACUAGCUUCACGAAUGUUAUUCGGGUCAUUUUUUGAUUAAUAAGCUUGUUAAAGUUAUUCAUUAUUCCACUUCAGCUACAAACACGUUCGAUGUCAGAGUCAGACUAUUACAUCACAUUUACUUUUUUUUAACUCUUUUUUUGUAAAACGUGGCUAUUGUAAAUAAAAAAUAUGCCACGUGUUCAAACCAAGUGGUUAUUUACCACGCGUUACUGGUUUAUGUAAACGUGAAUGAAGUCAGAUGAACCUUAUGCCAGGAUAAGGUCAGUGUGUUAAGACCCUCACGACCCCCACCGGAACCGCGCACGCGGUAACUACUGGGUUCCUUUUAAAUGCAUGGAGCGAGCCAAACUCUGUUGCGUUCAAUGCUAAUUGUACAACGCCGAAGCGGCAUCGGUCGUAAAGUCUUUAAUUUGACGAUUUUCGUUUAUUGCAGAGUUGUCGAAAUACUUUACCGUAUUCAAGAAUAGUGGCGUUAAAACAGUGCGAUCAUAAUAUUAUGGUUCUAUGAAACCGGUGGAACAGUUAGUCAAUUGCUCACGUUAAUGAGCAGUUGACCUGUAAAUGUGCUGCUUUCUGAAACAGCCGUCUAUGUGCUGAGUUUACAAAAAGCCGAUGACAUGGAACGCAUCACUCGUGUUGCGUCAGACGGAAGAGACCGGCCCUUGGUUUGCCCAAUGAGCGGUUGUGGAUUAAGCGCGACCUGCCGAUGUCUUUAGUUCGUUUUUGCUCCUGUUGGACCUUUUAUUACCAGAAUAUAUGUACCGGCAGUGUCGAAUUGAAUCCGAGGAAGCCAUUCUGAAGACAUUUCAGCUUGGUUGACUACGUGGUAACGUUAACUGUUCACAGAGCAGACGCACGUGCUAGCGCUCUGUUCGGACGCGGAACAUCGUCAGAACUUCGCUUAAGUCUUGCCUUUCCUUCAUUUUCCCUCAUCUUCUGUCUAUUUGUCGAGGACCGUCGCUGGAUCCCAGAUGGAGAAACAGCCUCUGCCAACCGACGAUGACAAGACGGAAACCACGGAGUCCGAGGUGCUUUGCCUCGCUGGCGAGGAGCGACAGGAGGCCCCGUGUGAACCCGCCGCUCGAGCAGGAUGGAACAGCAAAGUCGAGUAUUUCCUGGCUCAGGUGGGAUUCAGCGUCGGGCUCGGCAACGUCUGGAGGUUCCCCUAUUUGUGCCAUCAAAAUGGAGGAGGAGCGUUUCUCCUCUUGUAUGUGCUGCUGAUGCUCGUUGUGGGCAUCCCCUUGUUCUUCCUGGAGCUGGCGGCCGGUCAGGCCAUCCGACAGGGAAGCAUCGGCGUGUGGAAGUACAUCUCCCCCAAGCUUGCUGGGAUUGGCUACUCCAGCUGCGUGGUCUGCUUCUUUGUGGCUCUCUACUACAACGUGAUCCUUGCAUGGAGUCUUUUCUACCUUGGGAAUUCAUUCCAGCAUCCUUUACCCUGGGAAAAGUGUCCAGAACAGAGAAAUGUAACAGUAAAAGAAUGUGAAAUGAGCUCCCCCACGUCAUAUUUCUGGUACCGCAAAGCGUUGGAUGUCACUGACUCUAUUGACGAGACGGGCUCCUUCAACCCUAACAUUGUCGGAUGUCUGCUGUUGGCCUGGAUACUUGUCUGCAUGGGAAUGUUCAAGGGCAUCAAGUCCUCUGUUAAGGUGAUGUACUUCUCCUCCAUUUUUCCAUACGUGGUGCUCAUCAGCUUCCUAAUACGAGGGCUCAUGCUGGAUGGGGCAUUAGAAGGAAUCGCUCACAUGUUCUAUCCAAAGCUGGAGAUCUGGGCUGACAUUCAGGUGUGGCGACAGGCAGCCACGCAGGUCUUCUUUGCCCUGGGACUCGGCUUCGGGUCCAUUAUCGCGUAUUCCUCCUAUAAUCCCAAGAACAACAACUGCCACCGCGAUGCAUUCACUGUCUCCUCCAUCAACUUCAUGACGUCUGUUCUGGCCACUCUGGUGGUGUUUGCUGUGCUCGGCUUCCGCGCCAAAGACAGAGUCAAGGAAUGUGUAGCCAGUAAUCUGAAUUUGCUCUCAACGCACAUUAGUUCUAUGGACCAAAACCUGAUUCCAAAAUUCGACUACUCUGAUCCCAGUUCUGUGGCUGUGGAGGAUUACAGAGGCUGGCUUAAACAACUGGGAAAUGGGACUAACAUCCUGGGCAAUUUGACAGACUGUGACUUGGAAGAAGAGAUGAAGAAGGGUGUGGAGGGCACAGGCCUCGCCUUCAUCGCCUUCACAGAGGCCAUCUCUCUCCUGCCUGGCAGCCCUUUCUGGUCAGCGCUCUUCUUCCUCAUGCUGCUGAACUUGGGCCUCAGCACCAUGUUUGGCACCAUGGAGGGCAUCCUCGCCCCCCUCACCGACUGCUUUAAGCCCCUGGCCAGGAACAAGACCAAGUUCACAAUUUUCAGCUGCUUCGUUGGGUUCCUGAUCGGCCUGCUCUUCACCCAGCGCUGCGGGAACUACUUUGUGACGAUGUUCGACGACUACUCCGCCACGCUGCCCCUCAUCAUUGUGGUGGUCUUUGAGACCUUCAGCGUGUCGUGGCUCUAUGGAGCCGACAGGUUCCUUGAUGACAUCGAGGCGAUGCUGGGCUGGCGUCCCAGCGUGGUCUACAAGUACCUGUGGAAAUAUAUUUGCCUGCUCGCGAUGCUGGGGCUGCUGGGAGCAACCACCAUCCGCAUGUUCAUCUCAACCCCAACAUACAAUGCAUGGAACCAAGAGCAGGCCUCUGAGGUGAAGCUGCCGUACCCUGCCUGGGCUCUGGCGGUUCUUGGCUUACUGAUCAUAUUUGCCAUGAUGCCCGUCCCCCUGGGCCUGAUCCACGCUGUUCUGCAGAGCAGAACCAAGCAGACAUCCAGGAACACAGAGGCUGGUCAGUACAGGAUCGUUAGCACGGAUGACAAGUGUGAAACUCCAAUGACUGACAUUUCAGAACGGGACCAAAGGAACGGGACCUUCUAAGUGUUACACUGUACCAAGUAACCUACGGUAGCAUGCAAAACUUUAAUGGGCUCUUUUGAAACAGAAUUUGAUUGUUUCUCUGUAAUGCAAACAGAAAACAUUUCACUGAGAGAUCCAGCAACAAAAAGUAUAAAGACCUAAUUUAUACUUUAAACCAAGACAAGAUUAUCUGGAGGAUAAAGUACAACUUUUAAUACACAGGUAUUUUAUAUGGACAUUGGAAAAAAGUAUUUAUUGCCCUAAAAGGGUUGAAUUACAAACACCUGCUGCUCUUCCUUUUGAAGAGAUCUUUCCUAAACGAGCAAAGCUGCGUUUCUUGGUUUCAGCAUAAACAAACUCUUUUUGUUUGGUUCUUUUUAUUGAAAAAGGUGCACUUGAGAUGCUGCUCUUCAUUUCAUCAAGCCAAACCACAUCUGGGGAAUAAAUCUGUUGUAGUCUUAAGUCUGUUACAUCAGUAACUUUACCAAACUGAACUUAAGCAUUGAGGUACUGUAGAAAUGCUGAUCACUACACAGAAGCCACGUUUACAGCUCAAAAACCCCAACACUGUUCCCAUUCACUACAUCAUCCUGUCAAAGCAACAAAGCCAUCUACUAAGUUGUUCUAAUGAUUUUCCUCUUGGUCAGCGUGGACCCAAAUGUGUCAUGUAAAUAUGUGUAUAAUGUUUAGAAGGCAACAAUGUUUUGUAAGUUUCUUUCUUGUAAAUUAAACCUCCAGGAUGCUUUAGCCUUUGUUUAGUUUAGGAGGCGUCUUAUGGUCCAAAUAUUGGAGGCAGCCGCAACUAGAAAAAGCUAAUUUAUAUGGGCUGUAACCACAACUACAUAUUAUGAGAAGGUAUUGGUAACGAAACGAUUUCACCAUAAUUUGUACCAAACAGUGUAUCAGCAAGUGCCUUUAAGCGUGUUUAGGUCAGCUGAACAAAAUAUGAGAAGCAUUCCUGCAUAUUAUGUAUAGAGCAUUUGUUUUUGUCAGUUCACCUGUCAGUGGUGUACAUAGUGUAAAAAGCUGGUAUUUGGAAAAAGUGUAAUAUAAUAUCAGUGUCAUUCUUUUAAUAAAACCUUUCUGCAUUGUC